AAAACCAACCAAUGAGAAUGAACAACAAGAAGAAUCUACAGGCGCAGGGGCGGAGUAUAUUUUUUCUUCUAGAUGGAAAAGUUGCCUGGAGUUGAGAAAACCUUUUCAAAGAUUUGAAUCUCGGGUAUUUAUAUUCUCUAGAUAAAAUUUACGUACUCUCGUUUAAGGUGAAUUGAGGCGGUUGAUAUUAGUUUGCUUGAUGUCAACAUUGUCAAAAUGUUAUUGACCCCGCUUGCUGCUCUAUUUUCAAAUUGUUUGACAAUGAGAUCAAAAAUUUAUUAAGGACCGAUCGACUGCUGGCUGAACGAAGAUUGCAUCGUCAAAAAUGGAAUUUUAAGACAAAGGAAGAAACUCAGACAAAAUAAUAAUGCUAUCCAGGCCUUGUGCAAUUGCCCUUCAGGGCUGGAAGGUUCCCAUCAAAAUAAUCUUGCAUCAGCCAAAGCAAAGCUUUAUUUCUUUGUCUCUCCGUUCUCCUAAAUCCUUUUUACCAAACUCAUCUCAGUGGCUGAAAAUAAUUUGCAGCAGCUCAACAGACAAAACAUCUGAAAGUAAACCAACUCCUGAGUUAGAUUCUCCAACAGCUGCAAGUAAAAUUAAAGAAGCCGUGACAAAAGUCUUGCCCAAGAGGAGACAAAGAGUCGACCCAACGGCCACUUCCCUGGAGCGCAACUUCAUCACACCAAUUCGCGCCAUGAACGACUUUUUACUGAAGCCCAGUGAUUUGGAAAAUUUACGAAUGACAAAGCGGAGGUCCCCUUUUGAAAAUGAGCCACCUAUCACCGUGUACUGGCGGAAAGACAUCGAGGCUAAAGCGAUGAAUGUGUGGGGCAGCAAAGACAACUUGCUGAAGGAACUGGACAAGAGAGAUGCAGAGCGCAAACGCUACCAGCAAAACAUCUUCACCGUCAAACGCGUUCUUCGAGAUUACCGACGGGAGCAGAGAACAAAGCCCGAGUUGUUGCCAAAGGACGCUGGCCUCAUGAGCAACACCGGUAAAGUUGUCCUGACGGCGGUCAUCAUCAACGCCAGCAACUUCCUCUUCAAGUUGUUUGCCUGGCUCUACACGGGUUCUCACAGCAUGUUUUCCGAGUGCAUUCACUCCUUUGCAGACACAGCCAACCAGCUCAUCUUAUGUUUCGGCAUCCACAAAUCGGUCCAGCGUGCAGACAUGGACCACCCCUAUGGCUACAGUAACAUGCGCUAUGUUUCGUCUCUCAUUUCUGGAGUGGGAAUUUUCUGCGUGGGAACUGGUCUCUCUUUGUACCACGGAAUAACAGGACUGAUGCACCCACAGCCCAUGGAGCCCUUUUUUUGGGCCUUCUUCAUCCUCGGCGGCUCCUUGGUGUCUGAGGGGGCAACUCUGCUGGUUGCGGUCAACUCGAUUCGUAAAGGUGCUCGCGAGACCGGAAUGUCUUUUACAGAAUAUGUCUUGCGAGGUCAAGACCCAAGCGUCAAUGUUGUUCUGCUGGAGGACUUGGCCGCUGUGCUUGGUGUGACCAUUGCCGGUACUUGCAUGGGUCUCACCGUGCACUAUGGAAGUCAUAUUCCAGACGCUGUGGGUUCGCUGCUGGUUGGCGGACUGCUUGGGACUGUAGCUUCCUUCAUCAUCUACACUAACACAGCAGCCCUCGUCGGACGGUCCAUUCCUCAGGAGCGAAUCGACAAAAUCAAUGCCGAGCUCGAGUCGGAUGUUAUGGUCCGUGCCAUUCACGACGUGAAGGGCAUUGACAUGGGCACCAGCCUUGUUCGGUACAAAGCCGAGAUUGAUUUCGACGGAGGCGAAUUAGCACGUUCCUACCUGGACAAGCAGGACCUGAAUUUGAUGCUUGAAGAGAUGCAGAAGAUGACCACAAUCGAGGAGGUGGAGGCGUUUGUCCUCAAGCAUGGUGAGAACAUUGUCGACAUGCUUGGUGCCGAAAUAGAUCGAAUCGAGACAAAGCUUCGGAAAAAGCAUCCAGAAGUAAGGCACUGUGAUUUGGAAGUACUUUAAUUUAUGGCAUUUAGCUAUAGUGUUUGCAAGUAUGUUUAACAUACUACAAAAUAUGUAAAUUAAUGUGGAUUAGACAGUGCAAUCAACUCUGUAUGUUAUGCAGCCGAAAUUGUCCAAUAAUAAUUUAUUGUUAAAAAAUCACAUGGCAUCAUUAUUGUUUUGAUAUAGUUUUUCAUUAUUGCUAUACAAUAGCAGGUAUAAAGUGUUAUGGCAUGAAGGUCAUAAUUUACAGGA